AGGCAGAGGCAGAGCUUGGCAGCAAAAGCAGACUAAGAUCUGCGCUGUGAGCAGUUUCCCUUCCUGAAGAAGAGUGAAGUCAGAAUUCUCAAGUGUACACCAGAACGUUUCAAGAAAGCCUCAUGAUCAGCUGCACUGGCUGAGCUACUCCCAGGUGUGCCGGAAGUUGCAGGAAGGGCCACCGGGACAGGCUGUGUGUCCUGGGCCUGUGUCCUCCCUGGACGACACAUGACUGCCUGACCGGCUCCCUGUGCGCGCGCGACCACUCCUGCUCUCCCAGCCUCCUCGCUCUACCGCGCACUCGCAGCUCCCUAGCGACACCAGCCAUCAAGCUGGGGAUUGGGGGGUGGGGGGGUGGAGGGAGUCGGGGUGCGCAAGUGGGAGGCCUCUCCCUCGGGAGCCUGGGAGAUCCCUGCCGCCAGCAGGGGCCGUGCCACCGCCCUCGCGGGAACCCCAGCUUUGCCCCGGAGCCUUGGCACUUUGGUGGUGCUCGCAGACCAAGGCGGUCGGGAUGGAUCUGUCACCCCGCAACCGGCCGCUGCUGGAGUCGUCGUCGCUGGACAGCGGCGGCUCCCUGAGCUCGCUGGACUCCAGCGUCUUCUGCAGCGAGGGCGAAGGGGAACCCUUGGCUCUGGGGGACUGCCUCACGGUCAACGUGGGCGGCAGCCGCUUCGUGCUCUCGCAGCAAGCUCUGUCCUGCUUCCCGCACACGCGCCUGGGCAAGCUGGCCGUGGUGGUGGCCUCCUACCGCCGCCUGGGAGCCCUGGCUGCCGCCCCCAGCCCCCUGGAGCUCUGCGAUGAUGCCAACCCGGUGGACAACGAGUACUUCUUCGACCGCAGCUCCCAGGCGUUCCGCUAUGUCCUGCACUACUACCGCACGGGUCGCCUGCACGUCAUGGAGCAGCUGUGCGCUCUCUCCUUCCUUCAGGAGAUCCAGUAUUGGGGCAUCGACGAACUCAGCAUCGACUCCUGCUGCAGGGACAGAUACUUCAGAAGAAAGGAGCUGAGCGAAACGCUGGACUUUAAGAAGGACACAGAUGACCAGGAAAGUCAACAUGAGAGUGAACAGGACUUCUCCCAGGGACCUUGUCCCACGGUCCGCCAAAAGCUCUGGGACAUCCUGGAGAAACCUGGGUCUUCCACAGCAGCCAGGAUCUUUGGAGUCAUCUCCAUCAUUUUUGUGGCAGUGUCCAUCGUCAACAUGGCCCUGAUGUCAGCUGAGUUAAGCUGGCUCAACCUGCAGCUCCUGGAGAUCUUGGAGUACGUGUGUAUCAGCUGGUUCACCGGGGAGUUCAUCCUGCGCUUCCUGUGCGUGAAGGACAGGUGCCGCUUCCUGCGGAAGGUGCCCAACAUUAUAGACCUCCUUGCCAUCUUGCCGUUCUACAUAACUCUUCUGGUGGAAAGCCUGAGCGGCAGCCACACCACACAGGAGCUGGAAAACGUAGGGCGCCUGGUUCAGGUUUUGAGGCUCCUCAGGGCUCUUCGCAUGCUAAAGCUGGGAAGGCAUUCCACAGGAUUGCGCUCACUUGGGAUGACGAUCACCCAGUGCUAUGAAGAAGUUGGCCUACUUCUCCUCUUUCUGUCUGUGGGGAUUUCUAUAUUCUCAACAAUAGAAUACUUUGCGGAGCAAAGCAUUCCUGACACAACCUUCACAAGUGUUCCCUGUGCAUGGUGGUGGGCCACAACGUCAAUGACUACGGUAGGCUAUGGGGACAUUAGACCAGACACCACCACAGGCAAAAUCGUGGCCUUCAUGUGCAUUCUGUCAGGAAUCUUGGUCUUGGCCUUGCCUAUCGCCAUCAUCAACGAUCGCUUCUCUGCCUGCUACUUCACCUUGAAACUCAAGGAAGCUGCCGUGAGACAGCGUGAAGCUCUCAAGAAACUCACCAAGAACAUCGCCACUGACUCGUAUAUCAGUGUUAACUUGAGAGAUGUCUAUGCCAGGAGCAUCAUGGAGAUGCUCCGAUUAAAGGGCAGGGAGAGAGCAAGUACCAGAAGCAGUGGUGGAGAUGAUUUCUGGUUUUAAAUUUACCUUCUACUUAUUUAUAGAACCUAUGCCCAUGUGACUGGACUGCUGAAGCCUUGCUUCUGUGGAUGAGUUUCCUGAACACUUCUCAUCCUCUUCCCGGUGUAUUGAUUUUCUCCGAAUACUAAACAUCUCCUUAGCAACUACUGAUUAUUUUGACACACCUAUCUUCAACAUAGCUAAUUAAUACAACCAAAAUCAUUUGGGAAAAGAACCACAUGUCUGGAUUUUCAAAUAUUAAUUAAUAUAAUUUCAUACAUCAAAGUUUAAAGACCCAUUAAUUAAUAUAAUUUCAUACAUCAAAGUUUAAAGACCCAUGUGUCAUUGUUUUUAGGUUUUCCCACCUUUGCAUUUUUUUUUUACUGGAAAUUGAACUGAACAGCCCAGAGUGGGGGGGGGGAAUGAGUGAAUGUUUAAAAAUAUACUGAACAUCUUUUUGCUAUUUAGAAAAUAUUCUCCAAAUAGAUUACCUUUUUCUCUAUAAAUUAAAGCUGUUGAGUAUAACGAUAGGCUUUGCAAGCAAACACUCAACCUUGGUGGUUAUAGAGGGUACCUCAUCUUCCAUCAAGUGCUAAUCACUGGGCCCAAAUGGACAGGGCUCUGCCUUUCACCACUCCAGUUGCAAGGGACCUCAGACUGCUCAGAGUGCAGUAGGUGAGGCUUCAAGUGCCUAGAAAGCUUCAUCAUCCCAGUUAAGUGCGAUGUGUAAAGAAGAAAGCAGCAUAGUCAUUUGUGAAAAGUAGAUGGCUUGUAAAAUGUCUCAUUACAGAUGAAUUAUUUAAGUUAUGCCUUCAAAAUCAUGAAAUCAUGAAUAUGGAAAAGUGAAGUCGUUAAGAUCCUAACUUUAUUCAUUGAAAAGAUUGGAUAGUCUUUUUAUAAGCGAAAAUAUGUUGAAAGGUAUCGUUAGAUGAACUUGAAGAUCUUUUUAUUUGUUAAAAAAUAUUGUGGAAAGCUUUCUGAUUGUGGAGGUAAAUAACAAAUGUUCAGACUUUGCAGGUGCUUUGACAGUGUUUAUGGUAAUAAUACGAUGCCUAAAUGAUGUGGCAUAUAAUUAAAGCCAAAAGUUUUAAAGCUAAGAAAUAACCCUGGUUCUAAUAUAAUAGUAAGUAAUAUUUUCAAAAGUCUAACAAAGGAUUCCCUCAUUGCCUACUUUCUUGAUGUAUGCAAUAAAGUUCCUAAAGAAAAUAAAAUUGGUUCUGGGAUAGAAA